UGUCGAUCAGUUCGCGACGCGCGGAGGUCGUGCGAUGAGUGCGCGUUCAGUGAUGUCUGCGAGAUGAGACUGUCGCUGGUGUUUCUGUGGCUGAGUGCCGCGGCGGCGUGCGGCCCCGGCCGCGGCUUCAACAGCCGCCCGCCGACGCGCCGCAUCGAGCCCUUCGUGAACGGCCAGCACGACCCCAACACCAGUGAGAACAACAAGAUCGCCAGUGGACCCGCUGAGGGUCGCAUCACCAGAGACGAUCCCAAGUUUAAAGACUUAGUGCCUAAUUAUAAUACAGACAUCGAUUUCAAGGAUGACGAGGGAACCGGCGCUGACCGCCUGAUGACCCAGAGAUGCAAGGAGAAGCUGAACACGUUGGCGAUCAGCGUGAUGAACCACUGGCCCGGCGUGCGGCUGCGUGUCAUCGAGGGCUGGGACGAGGAGAGUUCUCAUGGGGAAGAUUCUCUUCAUUACGAGGGCAGAGCGGUGGAUGUGACCACAAGCGACCGGGACAAGAGCAAGUUGGGAGUGCUCGCGUGGUUGGCGAGGAAGGCCGGUUUCGACUGGGUGUAUAACCAUGGGAGAUCCUAUGUCCAUUGUUCAGUUAAGACAGAAUCUUCUGUUGGUACCGGCGCUGGCUGCUUCCCGUCGGGCUCGCUGGUGUACACGAAGAAUGGCACCCGAGAUAUAGCAUCUGUGGCCAAAGGAGACUGGGUGCUGGCCGCUGAUAGUGACGGCAAAUUGAUCUAUUCUGAGGUGUUGGCAUUCAUGGAUCGAGAUCCGAAUGGCACGCGGCAUUUCCUUCAGAUAACUGCAGAAAACGGCGUGUCUAUUACGACGACACCCUCCCACUUGUUGCUGCUCGCCUCCGCCGACGGCUACAGGGAGUCGUUCGCUUCAGACGUCCAAAUCGGGGACGUGCUGCUGACGAGGGGACCGGGAGUCGUCAUGAGGCCUUCUAAGGUGAUCAAGAAGCGUAUAUUAUGGAAGAGAGGAGUGUACGCGCCGUUGACUAGAUCUGGAACUAUCAUAGUAGACGAUGCCCUAGCGUCAUGCUACGCCCUUGUGAAGAGCCACUCUCUCGCGCACGCGGCGAUGGCACCCCUCAGAUGGAUGGCUGAAUGGAGCACCUCCAAAGAACACACGCGAGGAGUGCAUUGGUACGCUAACGCAUUGUACUCGAUCGGAGAUAUAGUUUUACCCCAAUCUUAUAAGUUCCAAUAAAAUAAUUAACAGACUUCAAAAGUGAUAUGAACUUGUAAUAAGCGCGUAGGACACUAUUCAGGGUGCUUGUACAUAGACCAGUGUUGUAAAUAACAUCAUGAACGUUAGUGGCGCGGGACUUAACGGCAUGUAUAACAUAUACCUUCACGUGAAUUUAUUUAUUAAGUAGUUUAAGACCAUAUUUGCAAAUUUUGCAUAUUAUUUAGUUACAGUAUGAAUAUUUGUAAAUUGUGUCGGUAUUGUUAUUCUGCACAAUGCAGAAAUACUUAAUGUAUGCGCUUAUGUUUUUUAAGUAACUGUAUAAAUAGUGUAACUGUAAUAUUUAAAUAUAAUAACUUUUCUAAUAGCAAAUUUGCAAAGUAUACUAAAUCAAAUUUAAUCGAAAUUUCAAUAGAACCGUGUAAUGUCACAAUAAUCUGGCGAAAUAGACAUUCCAGACUUUAUUUCCCCUCCAGAAAAUAUUGAAAAAUGAUGGAAUUGUGAUCUUGGUACCUUGGAAAGUGCCUUAAGAUUUAUUUAUUUGUAAUUUAUAAACUAGGAAUAUAUUAAUAAAUUGACAAACAUUUAGACGUACUAAUUUAUAGAUACAUAUUAUUGCAUUUAUAGUCUGCAGUGACGGGAGUAUUCAGUAAUUGUUUUCUUCAGAUUUAUGAAAUCAUUUUUUACUGAAAACACUAGCUUAGUAAUAAUGACUAAGCAUUUUAGCAUCCUUAACUCGCGAGUACGUCAGAAUAAUUCCAUUUCUAUGAUCCAUAUGAUUUUGCUUGCAGGCAUGUUAAAAAAUCAUGAUAAUCUAUUAUUACUUACAUAAUCAAAGCUACUCUUAUAGAUCGAAAAUAGAUCUUGGACUGAAGUUAGGGUUCCUAUAAUUUGAAUUUAGUGGAAUUGUGUAUAGGCAGUCGCAAGUGCGAAAAUCAAAGGAAAUAAUGUGUGGCAUGACGUGACCUAAUAAGUAUGUUAGGAAAUCUUUUGUGGACUAUGCCACGCUCGAAUAUGCUUUAUUAUUUUACAACGUGACUCUCAAGUCAAUCGACUGGAUAGAGUGUAAUAUAGUAUUAUUGCUUAAAUAUAAAGUACCUACUAACAAAUUUUAACACGAUGAACUUACCUUUCGGAAAGCUUUAACCAUAUAUGUAUCGACAACAAUAAUAUGCCAUAAUUAUUGCCAUAUUAAUAUUAGUUUGUUUAACCGAAUAUACCUAUUAAGAUUAUUCAGACACAAAUCUUAUGCAAUUUUUUUGCAGCACAGUAAAAAGAUUUACGACAACUUAUAUUAUUUAGACAUCUUGGCAUGCCUACUAAUAGUAUAUCAAAAAAAUAGCCUAGUAGUAAAUAAUUAACCGUACAAUUAUCUUUCUCCGCCAAAACAAAUAUUAAUCAUUAUUUAUUUCCCCUAAAAAGCUUAAACAUUUGUCUGUAAACUGAAUUCUUGUUUUCUUUUUUGAUAGACGAAAUUCGGUAAAUAGUUCGUUCUGUAAAUUUAAUACAAUACGUAAUUAUUGUGCUUUUACAUUAUUUAUUUAUUGAUGUUAUUUUUGUAUGGAUAUAAA